AUGGAGACCACAUACAUAGUGCGUGUGUUACUGUGUUAAAGAAUAAUGUGGAUGGGCUGAUGUUUUGCAGAUAUGGAGCUGCCGCGUUUGGAUCCAACUGUAUUAGGCCUACCACCGGAUUUUCCCCUACAGGGUGUUCAAGUGGACACAGAAAUAAUAGUCAUCACAUUUGACGACGAGGACAAGGACGAGGACACAACUGAUUCGGCCACAACUGAUUCGGCCAAAGAUGCUGAAUCUAUGUUGUACGAGAGAUUGUACACGGAUGUGUACCCGGAAGGGGCUCCAGGGAUGCCUAUACUCCUAGAAAUGUCCUAUUCACGAAAGGGUCUUCUUCAACUUUCAUGGGCACCACCCUUGAUACUAAAUGGGACCAUCAUUGAGUACUCAGUCGAUGUGGUUGUGGAUAUGCACAAACUACAGGAGGGAGAAGGAAACGAAGCCGUCGACUAUGUAAGAGUCCACUGCGGACUCAAAGAGAAUGCCAUAGUGCCAAAUAAGAUAAUAAACGCCGCCCAUAUCUUCCUAUCUGGAGGACCUUCGAUCUUGCUAAGAAUUGGUGCAUGCAAUAAGGAGGGCUAUGGGCCCGCCAAGUACAUAAGGUGGCUGCAGCUGCCUGGUCUGUUUGAAGGUAGGUCUGUAUUACAGUCUAUCCUUCCUUUCCAUUGUACAGAAGGGUCAAGGGAUCUGAGCGCGCGGCGAGGCUCUACUAGCCAUUUACGAAACAUUACGCUGUCAUUCUGUGGUUGAUUUAAAAUAAACUGAACUAUCGGAACACCUUUUAUUUGAAUCUAACCACGAGGCAAUUAAAUAAAUCAGUACAUUUUCCAGUUCUUGCUUCUUGGACCACGAGAAUACCGAAGGAUGGGCUAUAAGGGAAAGCCUGAUGUUCUUGCAAAAGACGCCUCUUUCUCCAGAGAAGCACGUAGAUCGCUUUGGCCCAUCUGUAAUAUAGUCGGACUAAUUACUUUAUAACUUUCUUACCUGUCUGCCAAUCAAUAUGGAAUUAUUCUUGGACACAGGAACAAAUUUUGGUAGGUUUGGUUUUGGUCGUCUUCAACUCACCACUAGUAGCAGCUGAAUAAAAAGACAAGUCACAAGGUGGGGACACAUACUCGCGACGUGUGUGUCGCUCCAGUCACCACACAUGUCCGUAUUCUGACCGAGCGCAAAAAUCUCACUGUUUAUACUAGAGCAUAUUUUUUUGGAUUUUAAAGUUAUAAUUACUUUCUUUUAAUGUUCAGCAAGUUGAAAAGUAAUGACUGAGUUAUAGUAUAAGUCUUUUCAUAGUAAAUGGCAAAACAUAGUAAAUAUAUGCUUUUUGUAACAUAUAUGUUUUUUCGUACUUUAAAAAUUUGUAACUGCAAAUAAAAUAUAUUAAUUUUAAGACUUUAUUGUAGUAAGAAGAACAAAAUAAAUAUAAAAUGUCAUAGAAACAUUUUAAAUCUGACCCCUAAAAAAUAUCGAAAAACAGCCUUUUCAAUACAUCCAGAAUGUAUAGAGUUUUGCGCAAAAUAAUUAAAUUCUUGUUAUUUUUAAAUUAAAAAUUAUUUUACAUAAAAUUACUAAUUAUACAACAUAUUUUAUACUUUUGUAUUAAUACAAACGUUAAAAAUGCCACCUAUUGUUUUCUGUAUUAAUUUUAUUAGGACAGUAAGAAAACAUUAAUUUGUUUACUGUAAGAAAGACUUAUUCACUUCUUCAAUACGUUUCUCUAUAUCCACCGUGCCCGUCAAAAUUCAAACUAACAGUGUCGGUGUGGACUUGCAGUAUGUUAUGGAUGUGAUAUUUCCCCAGCACUAGUUAAAAUCUGGCAGAACUGCUAAGACUCGACAACUGCAGGAGUUUUCAAGACUCUUAAAAUCGUGGCUGUGCUCUAUGCUACAGAAGUAGUAUCAUCAAAUCUAUCAUUGUCUUUUUUAAAGUUCGUUUGUUAAAAGUUAGGUAGUAAAUUGAGUUCCCAAUAGAUCGUUGGUUGUUACUGUACAGUAGGUCUAAGCUUUCCAGCUUUUUCUAUUCUAUCAUUGACUUAAUGAUCUUAUCUGGGUUUCUUAUGUUUCAGAUUCCAGGGCAACUGGCAAAGUGAAGAUUACAAAGUAGUUUUGUUGGGAGAUAAUCCUAUGCCUGUUUCAAAUGUAUUAAAUUUUGUAAAUAUGUUAAGUAUGAUCUAAAAGUUUCCUUUGUUAUUAUGAAGGGCACUUGUUUACUUGCAGCAAAUGUUCUUGUACUGAUCAAAUGUUUUUAUGCAGCUAUUUGUGUUAAAUUUUCUAUAUGUUUUUUUAAUGAUCUAAAAGUUUCCUUUGUUAUUAUGAAGGGCACUUGUUUACUUGCAGCAAAUGUUCUUGUACUGAUCAAAUGUUUUUAUGCAGCUAUUUGUGUUAAAUUUUCUAUAUGUUUUUUUUUAUGAUCUAAAAGUUUCCUUUGUUAUUAUGAAGGGCACUUGUUUACUUGCAGCAAAUGUUCUUGUACUGAUCAAAUGUUUUUAUGCAGCUAUUUGUGUUAAAUUUUCUAUAUGUUUUUUUUUUUAUGAUCUAAAAGUUUCCUUUGUUAUUAUGAAGGGCACUUGUUUACUUGCAGCAAAUGUUCUUGUACUGAUCAAAUGUUUUUAUGCAGCUAUUUGUGUUAAAUUUUCUAUGUUUUUUUUUAUGAUCUAAAAGUUUCCUUUGUUAUUAUGAAGGGCACUUGUUUACUUGCAGCAAAUGUUCUUGUACUGAUCAAAUGUUUUUAUGCAGCUAUUUGUGUUAAAUUUUCUAUAUGUUUUUUUAUGAUCUAAAAGUUUCCUUUGUUAUUAUGAAGGGCACUUGUUUACUUGCAGCAAAUGUUCUUGUACUGAUCAAAUGUUUUUAUGCAGCUAUUUGUGUUAAAUUUUCUAUAUGUUUUUUUUUUAUGAUCUAAAAGUUUCCUUUGUUAUUAUGAAGGGCACUUGUUUACUUGCAGCAAAUGUUCUUGUACUGAUCAAAUGUUUUUAUGCAGCUAUUUGUGUUAAAUUUUCUAUAUGUUUUUUUUAUGAUCUAAAAGUUUCCUUUGUUAUUAUGAAGGGCACUUGUUUACUUGCAGCAAAUGUUCUUGUACUGAUCAAAUGUUUUUAUGC